GUCUGUGUCUGACGCUGGACCUCCCUGGCUUCCUGGGGCUUGCAGCCUCCCACGCUCUAUGCUCCACUAUGGGGGGAAUGUCCAGGGCACUGACCUGUGUUAUCAGGCUCUGGUGGCCUGGGCAGGGGUGUCUGGCAAUUUGGUCUCAGUUCUUAUACGGGAAAGGCUAAAUAUUUACAGUUGGAGCUCCUGGGCUCAGCAUCACAGCUUUAGUCCCAGGCUCCGGGGAUUCAGUGGGGUUAGGGGUUACCAAGUCUCCUCCCUCCUGCUCUCCCACCAGCUCUUCCCUUCCCCAGCUCAGAGGCCCCUGCUGGACUAGACCCUUGGCUUUUCCUCUGACUUCUGUACCUGCUACGGGCCUCCUCACUGGAUUCAGCAUCUUGGUGGUGAGAGGGCAGGGAUUUUGUUUCUGACCGUAUUACCAACGCCUAGAAAUGAGGCCGGAACACGGUAGGCACUCAGUGAAGGCUUGUUGAGGCCGCCAUGUGGGUACCAGACCUACACACGCUGCAGCUGCUGCUCCUGCUGGGCAUUUCAUGGGCGCGGGCGGCCCCCCCGCGCUGCACCUACACCUUCGUGCUACCCCAGCAGAAGUUCACAGGCGCAGUGUGUUGGAGCGGACCAACUGCGCCGCGCCCAGCCCCGGACGCCGUGAACGCCAGCGAGGUUGCCGCGCUGCGCGUGCGUGUAGGCCGCCACGAGGAGCUGCUGCAGGAACUCCAGCGUCUGGCGGCGGCUGACGGCGCAGUGGCGGGCGAGGUGCGCGCGCUGCGCAAGGAGAGCCGCAGCCUAAGCACGCGCCUAGGCCAGCUGCAGACACAGCUGCAACACGAGGCGGGCCCGGGGGCGGGGCCAGGUCCAAGGGUGGAGCCCGCGGCUGCGCUGGAACUGCUCGGGGAGCGCGUGCUCAAUGCUUCGGCGGAGGCACAGCGUGCAGCCACCCGCUUUCAUCAGCUGGAUGUCAAGUUCCGAGAGCUGGCGCAGCUAGUUAGCCGUCAGAGUAGCCUUAUUGCCCGUCUGGAGCGCCUGUGUCCGGGUGGCGCGGGCGGGCAACAGCAGGUCCUGCCACCGCCCCUGGUGCCUGUGGUUCCAGUCAGUCUGGUGGGUAGCACCAAUGACACCAGCAGCUUAGACCCAGCCCCAGAGUCCCAGAGAGACCAGACCCUGAGGCAGCAGGGUCCCUUGGCCUCUCCCAUGCCUGCAGGGCACCCUGCUCUCCCUACCAAGCAAAUGGGCCCAUGGCAAGAUUGUGCAGAGGCACACCAGGCAGGCCAUAGGCAGAGUGGAGUGUAUGAGCUGCGACUGGGCCGUUAUAUGGUGUCAGCCUGGUGUGAGCAACAGCUGGAGGGUGGAGGCUGGACUGUGAUUCAGAGGCGGCAAGAUGGCUCAGUCAACUUCUUCACUACCUGGCAGCACUACAAGGUGGGCUUUGGGCAGCCUGAUGGGGAAUACUGGCUAGGCCUUGAACCGGUGUAUCAGCUGACCAGCCAUGGGGACCAUGAGCUACUGGUGCUCCUAGAGGACUGGGGGGGCCGUGGUGCCCGUGCCCACUAUGAUGGUUUCUCUCUGGAGCCUGAGAGGGACCACUACCGCCUACGGCUUGGCCAGUAUCAUGGAGAUGCUGGAGACUCUCUUUCCUGGCAUAGUGAUAAGCCUUUCAGCACCGUGGAUAGGGACCGAGACUCCUAUUCUGGUAACUGUGCCCUGUACCAUCGGGGAGGCUGGUGGUACCAUGCCUGUGCCCACUCCAACCUCAAUGGUGUGUGGCACCGUGGUGGCCACUACCGCAACCGCUACCAGGACGGGGUCUAUUGGACUGAGUUUCGUGGAGGGGCUUACUCUCUCAAGAAGGCUGCCAUGCUGAUCCGGCCUCUGAGGCUGUGAUCAUCUGUCCCCCAGGUUCCAGGGGAUGUUUGUCACCAGGAGCCCAAGUUGUCCUGGCCACACCUCCUCCAUGGUUCAGUGUGAGCCAUGUCCCACAGACCUUCCCACCAUGGAUCUGCCCCCCAGGACCCUGAAAACAGGACCCAAGAAUCCCCCUGCAAACAUCUCCAACCCAGGUGGCUUCCCAAGGGCACUUAGAUCUUGGUUUGAGCUCAUAUUUUAUAACAACACAAAGUAUCCACA